AUGGCAGAAGAUCUGGUGGCAAAAAGUGAGGACACAGUGCUGUCCACAAACAAGGAUGGUAUUCCAGUGCCUCAUGCAAGUCAGCAGAAGCCUACAGAUUAUUAUUUUUGCUUCCUUUUAAUUCAUGAGGCCAGAAUUUUGGACUCCAAAGCGACUGACGGCAUUGUACUAACAGAAGAAACUGCUCUGCUGAACAGUGGUGGGCAACAGCCUGAGGAAUCAAUGGCUGAGUCAGAGACAUUGGCGAAACUGCGGAAAAUAUGUGCUUGUCCCCCACAAGGCAUACUUGCCAAAGCGGUAACAUAUGGGGUAGCAAUAGUGCUGGUCUGGGCUGUGGUCUGGUCUAUUACAGGCAAUGAGAGUUUGCCUGGAGAAAACCUCUUUGGAAUUUUGUUCCUGUUCUUCUUUGCUGUCAUCGGUGGUAAAAUUAUGGGCCUAAUUAAAUUUCCUGGCCUGCCUUCACUCCCUCCCCUUCUUGGGAUGCUGCUUGUUGGAUUUCUCAUCCGAAAUGUCCCAGUGAUCAGCAACAUAGUCCAGAUCAAUGAGAAAUGGGGAGCUGCCCUGAGAAGUAUUGCACUUGCUAUUAUCUUAAUCCGUGCUGGCCUUGGUCUUGAUGCAAAGGCUCUGAAGAAAUUAAAGGCUGUCUGCUUAAGAUUAAGCUUGGGGCCCUGUCUUACUGAAGCAUGUACAGCAGCUGUUGUGUCUCAUUUUCUCAUGCACCUGCCUUGGGAAUGGGGAUUUAUGUUAGGGUUUGUUCUAGGUGCUGUGUCUCCUGCUGUUGUGGUUCCUUCAAUGCUGAUUUUACAAGCAGGAGGAUAUGGCGUUGACAAGGGUAUCCCGACCUUGCUAAUGGCUGCCGGAAGUUUUGAUGACAUCUUGGCCAUCACAGGUUUCAAUACCUGCUUAGGAAUGGCCUUUUCUACAGGUUCCACCCUUAACAAUAUCCUCCAUGGUAUCCUGGAAGUUGCAGUUGGUAUAGCAACUGGUGGCCUUUUAGGAAUUUUUAUUCGCUACUUCCCAAGCAAGGAUCAGGCAUCACUUGUGUGGAAGAGAACAUUUUAUUUGAUGGCUUUGUCUAUAUUUGCAAUUUUUGGCAGUACAUAUCUUGGCUUCCCUGGAACUGGAGGGCUCUGUACAAUUGUCUUGGCAUUUCUGGCUGGAAUGGCAUGGUCUAUUGAGAAAAAGGAGGUAGAAAAAAAUAUUGCGGUUGCCUGGGAUAUUUUUCAACCCUUUCUCUUUGGCUUAAUUGGAGCUGAAAUAUCCAUUGGGUCUCUCAAACCUGAAACAGUUGGGCUUUGUGUGGCCAUACUGGCUGUUGGACUGACUGCCCGAAUUGCAGCCACCUUUCUGAUGGUGUGUUUUGCUGGCUUUGAGCUUAAGGAAAAAAUAUUUAUUUCAAUGGCAUGGAUUCCCAAAGCAACUGUCCAGGCUGCAAUUGGUUCUGUUGCUUUAGAUACAGCACGAAAUGUAGGCAAUAAAAAGUUAGAAAAAUAUGGCAUGGAUGUCUUGACCAUUGCUUUCCUGGCAAUCCUGAUUACAGCUCCGAUUGGAGCUCUGAUAAUUGGCCUGGCGGGACCCCAACUUCUUCACAAAGCUACUGAGACAAACACUGAGCAAGAUCAUGAACACAGAGAAAAUGGAGAAAUGGAAAUACAUGGACCAGUGUAGAAAAGAGGCAGGGACUGCACCUUGACUUACACAGGUGGUAUUUUAGCCUGUUUACAAACCAUAGCACUUAGAAGUGACCAGCAAAAAUCUGAAGAUCUGUGGAAUACAAAUAACUGUGGACAAAUAUGAUUGAAUUAAUCAGUAUCCAAGAUUACCUUCAGCAGUGGCAUGAGAAUUCUGAAAAACUGGUCACAAGCAAAAUGGGAAUUUGGAUAUAACUAUUGGAAUAUAGUGAGUGACCUGAGUUUGGAGAUACAAAUGUCAUCCAGCAACAGGUAUUUGAGGAAUCUUAGAGCAAAAGGAUAUGCAGGAUCAGGACUGGGAACAUGUAACCAGGGAUGAGAUCAUGGAUUUCUAAACAGUUGAUAGCCCAGCUCUGAUCACUGGUUUUCACUGUAUAAAUGCAGCAUACUCUGAUGAAGAAUGUACAUAUCUUUGGCACAAUAUGGUAGCAUUUUAGGAGACUGAUGUUUCUGUUCCCUUCUUUAAUGUUAAAAAAAAAUUUUUACACACACACACACACACACACACACACACACACACCUACUGCCUGAUGAACCAUAGGUACCAUUUUUCUUAGUCACUGUGAAAUGUGGGUAUACUGAUAUGAUCCAACUCAUGGCAAUAGCAUGUAUCUGGCCAAAAUAUAGAAGGAUGUUAAUAUUACAUUUAAAAUUGAGAACAUAGCAACAGUUAAGAAAUUUAAAAGUUACAUGACAGCAAAGGAACAGGGAAAUCUGUCUUAUACUGACUCAGACCAGAAUUGCUGACAUGAAUUGGAAAAAAUUCAGUAUGGUUUUAGGCAGGAUUCUUCCCUAGCUCUACCUGGAAUUGCCAAGAAUUGAACCAAAGAUCCUUUGCACUCAUUUUAGAACCAAGCUACAGCGCCUCAAAGAAUUGAAUGACAGUAAAUAUGAUAAUCAUAUGAUUAAAUUCCAAAAUAAAUGGAGUUUUUUUAAAUACUACAUUGUAUUUUGCAGACCAUACACUG